AUGCUCCGCGUCCAGUUCCUUUGGUUCUUUCUGUUGGCAUGGACUGCCUCGGCUGGCCCGAUCUCUCGCUGGCAGUCUCAGGAAUUGGAACAGGCCCCUGAGCCGACUUCUCCCUUCACGCCAGAUCUCGAACGGCGUGGCGGGAUACUGACAAUCACCCCCGUUGCUGCACCUACCCAGUUACCGUUUACCAUCGAUGAUCCAAAUUUCACUUCCAUCGCCAGUCCUGCUGAGCCAACUACUCAUCGGUCAUCCAGCUCCACACCUCUUACAACUUCAACAACGCCUGCUUCCUCAACCUUGGCCAACAUUGUGACAUCGCUGCCUUCAACAUCUACCAAACCAUUGGCAUCUCAUACUGUGCCAAUCAUCUCUCAAGCUGUGCCAGCACCGACCAGCGUCAUUAUCAGCUCUGCUCGAGGCCUUUCCUCGCAGAAGCCGCCAGUAGCAACUAGUUCAUUACCUAUAUAUGUGGAUCCCAUACAUGUCUCAAGCUCCUCAGCGCCUCGCGUAUCAUCAAGUGCGAAACCAAAUGCACCCCAGACUUCAGCAGAUUCAGCAGUGCCUCCUGCGCCCAGCCAGACGACUCAACCGUUGUACUCUGCCAAUGCCCCGGCGAUUGCUUCAUCCAAGUUAACGAGCUCUAUCACCCCUCAGAAAACCAAUCAGGGUGAUGGUAUCAUCGCUCCACUCUCUAAUGCAGGUAACAGCACAGGUACACAAGCCAUACCGGCAAAUCCAACCUCUGCUAUUAGCCGGCCAGCAACACAGUUGCCGAUAGUUCCCACGAGCAACAGCCCAGCUGCUGGAAUUGUUCUACCUGCAAACAGCACCAAGGCUUUUACAAAUCCACCAGUGAUACCAACUUCCAAAGCCAACCAACCAGUGAAUUCCGUGCAAGGGCAAUCUGCAUCAGCACAGCUUUCUGUGUCAACCCUUCGGCCAGUGUUGACGGUAACCGAGCCUGUGAUUGUCUAUGUGACCAAGGGAUCACCAAAUCCCUUCUCGACAAGCACCAUUCAACAGAUUGCACCCGCUAUAAUCAGUUCGUCAGUCCCACCGGCAGUACCCACAGGACAACCGGCUCCCGAGCCCGAACCAACAACCACGUCGUUGGUAUUCAUGACCAUCCAUUCCACAGCAACAUCUGUCGUUCGUGUGACUGUUUAUCCGACAACUUCUUUGCCUCCUCUGCCUGUGUCGUUGCCUCCCUCAAGUGCGAAUGCUACAAGUGUGAAUGCAGCGCCUAUAGAGACAGUUCACGUCACAUCCACAAGCAUUAUUGCUGUGACUAUCAACGCGACCACAUUGCUACCUUCUUCGGCAUCGCCAUUGCCGCUCUCGAGCGAGAUCGCCCCAACCGGGGAGCCCCUUAAAAAGACGCAGCCUACAGAGACAGUGCAUAUCACUUCCACAAGAAUCAUCGCUGUGACCAUUUACACAUCGCUGCCUCCUUCGGCGGCAUCAGUGUCACCCUCAAUUGAGAUCGCCCCAACCCAGAAUGCCCCUCCGGAUACAGUGCAUGUUACUUCCACGAAAGUCGUUCAAGUGACUGUUUAUCCGACAACUUCAGCCUCUGCAGCCGAAAACACGGUCCCUGCCGCGAUAGCGCAAGCUACAAACAUAGUGGAUCCCAAACAUCCAGAGACUCGCACAUCUGCCGAUGCCGAUGAUGCAGAACCUGCUGCUACGACGCUCCAGCCGGGCAAAGGCAUCCUUUCUGUGAAUCCAGUGACACCGGCUGGAUUUAUCACUAUCACUGAGACUAUGACUCAGAUUCAAACUACGACGGUGACGGAUCGGGUGACUGAGACUGUCACUGCUACUGUAACUCGGGGUUAG